CAUCACUGAGCCCGCGGCCGCACCUGCAAUCUAUCGUAUUUUCGCCAGUGUUUGUCCCACUAUCGAUCCUCGACGACCCACUAAUAGCCGUAUACACGUUAGGGUGGUAUCUGUCUCCCUCCUGACCCAGCCUUCCGCCCGAAGAAAAACAUUAUAAGGAGAGAAAAAUCAUGAAAGAGAGUGAUGAUAAGGUGUGUUCUAGAGGGCUGGACGCGGAACCUCUCGUUAUGAAGCGGAGAGGGAGAGAGGCACACUCUGUCGUUUUUUGGAAGCAGUGGUUUUGUGAACGUUGCUACUGCCGUGCGAGCCCCUUUAACUUCGGCCUACUGUGAAGUACAAAAAUAACUAGAUUUUCUCUCCCCCUCCCUGCGACUGCCUCCCCGUCUCCACCAUCCCCUCCCUUCCCUCCCGUAUACCCUCCUCUUCCCUCCCUCCGUUCCACCCUGGCUGUCCCUGCCAAUCACACCCUGAAUAUACAUACAACAUACAGUCAUUACAAUUUGCUGACGUUUGCUGUGACUUGAUGAGGAAAUGAGUUUUUAGAUUGUUUUACGUUGCGUUCGUUGACAUCGAUUAUAUUUGGUCUUUCUCGUUUCUGUCUCGACAAUCGGGAUCAUUCAAAUCUUGCUCAUUAUCACAGCAAAUGAACUAAUUGUCUCUUGCUUUGCAGGACCAUGAGCAACAACUAACUCAGGCCCUCCUCACCCCCUCCCUUCCCCACCGCCCUUAUCUAUACCCCCUCUUCCACUCCUUUAACCUAACAGCUCUCAAGACUGACUUCUCUGCACUGCUGCCACAGAGGGGAGAAUAGCUUGCCCUUCACCCGCGCACAGGAUCCGGCCUGCCAUGCGGGUUGACCUGACCCGGGAAGUCAUGAACUGACCUGGAUUCACCUCACUUUCACCACAAGCCGCCUCAUUCCCAAAGCACCUCAGCCACAUCACUUCAUCCCAUUGCCAUCACCUCAGACAUCAUAGGAGUCGCUCCAACUAACAUUUUUUUUCCUUUCACACCAUAACCACCCGUAUGGAAAGGAGAGGGAGGCGAGUCAGGUCGGUGGCUCAACCACUUUCAGCGCUUCUGACCUUUUUUUUUACCCCCCCCUAAGCCUCAACUGACCUAAAAUGAACAAGAGAAGUGAACAGAUCACGUGAGAGCUGAACAAGUUAGACGUGACUUCCAAAAAAGAUGUUUUUCAAAGGAGUAAACAGAAGAACUUCCACUGUCCCUUUGAGAAGCUUCGCCCCUGGUCGUGCCAGGCGGUGGCAUGAGGAUAACGGUGCUUUGCCGUCGUCAGCAGUGCCUGAAGAAAUUGUCCCGACGGAGGUUACACGCGUUCUAUGUAGUCCGCUGCGAAGGGAUACAUGAGCAGAGGAAAACAGAGGAUACGUCUGGGCGAACCUUAGACGUGCCUCCGGAGCGAGCCGAGGAAAGGGAAAUGGGUCGCUGGCCCCGUCUGCAUGGCCUCCUCUUCAUGCCCACGUCUGCAUGGCCAUCCCUUCGUGGCCCCGUCUGCAUGACCUCCUCUUCAUGGCCUCGUCUGCAUGGCCAUCCCUUCGUGGCCCCGUCUGCAUGACCUCCUCUCCAUGGCCUCGUUUGCAUGGCCAUCCCUUCGUAGUCCCCCCUUCGUGGCCUCCCCUUCGUGGGCCCCGUCUGCAUGGCCUCCUUUUCAUGGCCUCGUCUGUAUGGCCGAGGAUGAGCGACGAGGCAGCACGAGGCAGAAAGGAGAAAAACAGAUGAACAGAAAAAAAAGAUAGCAAGAAAGAAAUACAGAAAAA